AUGCCUCCUCGAGAGGAAUCACCAUAUACCACUUUGGGUAUCGCAGCCAAUUCUGACGAAUUGACCAUCAAGAAAGCAUACAAGAAAUUGGCACUCAAAUGGCAUCCCGACAAGCAUCCCGAAGAGAAGGACAAGGCUAUGGCCGAGAAACAGUUCAAAAAGAUCGCUCAAGCCUAUGAGAUCCUCUCUGACGGCAAGCCUGUUGGUAAGCUGGGUUAA